AUGAAUUAUGUAAUUAAAGAUGCUCGUGAACAACCUAUAUUAAAUAUUAUUGGUCCAUGUUGUAUUUAUGAUGGACCUUAUUCAUGUUGUUGUGAGAAUAAAUUUACUUUAUUCGGUAGUGAUCGAACAACAGAAAUUGGAGCUAUUUAUAAAAAAUAUUCUGGCUUUUGUAAAGAAGCUUUUACAAGUUGUGAUGUUUUUUCAAUGCAUGGUGAGUAUAUUGAUGUAUACAAAAACAUUUUAUAUGAAUAG